AUGUCCGUUCUCCGUCACGGGGGUUCCUACCUCCAGCGACGCCUCACCAAGAUGUAUACCGACACUAAAACCUCGUGUGAGAGUGUAACUACCGCUUCCAAGGCCGUCGACGACCCGGAACUGGUCGCCCUCCACCGAAGUUUCAGAACCCAGCGAGACAGACUUCUAGCAUGGGGCCUCGACUGGAGCGACGCCAGUGCCGCCCAGCCGAAUGACAUCGAUGAGUCGCUCACCCAGGCGGGUUUCAGCGACGUCGUGGCCAGCGUUAUGUCAUCUAUCCAAGACCUCCUCAACAAGGCUGAACGCCUACAACACACGGAAACGUCCGACCUACCUCCGAAAGGUGGACGAGCAGAUCCGCCGUCGAAGGACGCUCUGAGCCGUCUGCCGGUGAAGACGCAAUGGACUAACGAAGAUAUUAAUCGCUCGAAAAACUUGUUGGCUGAGCUGACUGCGUGUAUUGACACUCUCUACGACCUGUCUCACUCCAGACGCAAUAUGACCUCCAGCGGACAGUCUGCCUGGGCACGACAAUACCCAAUAUCCCCAGCCCCCGUCGCAGAUUCUAAAUCCUACCACGGGUCCUCCUUUGAGACGAAGCAGAUGUAUUCGAACUCCAAAGCAAAGGAGGUAUUUGAUUAUUCGCCGUUUUCCCAUCACGGUCUCGAUCAACCUAAGCUAGAUAAUCCCUACAGCCCCGCGUCCUUUUCCUCGAAAAACUACCUCAUUGAUCGAUCGGCCCUACAGCUCUCGGGAGCCUCGCACGAAAACUGUCCGCCACCGUAUGAGAUGGUGGCAGCGUCCACCAAUUCACGCGCUAUCGGUCGCAUAAAGACCUCCGCAUCUCCAUUUUUGCGUGGCUCGAAAGACUCGACUGCGACUAUUCUGGUUGAAUACAUGCCUAUGAUCCUGGAGUCCUCGGGCGCCGUGGCAGUCCCAGGGAACAAGCGCCUCGAUCAUGUGCAUGAAACUCUUGAGCAACUCGUACAGAAUGCCAGGGUCUCGCAUCUGGGUUUGUUAAAAUUCCUGGGAUAUUAUAUCGAUAUGCCAAACUCCCGCUAUGCAUUCAUUUACCAAAUGCCGAUGGCCUACUUUCCUUUCCUGCGCAAUCCCACGGAUCUCUUGCAGGGGCUGAAACCGAAGCCGCUGGUAUCUCUGUUCCAGUCUAGCGAAGACUAUCAAACUCCAAAUCUGGAGACGCGUUUCCGCUUGGCGUACGAUCUCGUGAUGGCGGUACUUCAAUUGAGGAGCCAGAAUCUUGUGCACGGCAAUAUCAAUAGUGGCAACGUCCUUAUAUUCCCGGGUUUGACAAACUCCGCCAACGAUGAAGUCAGCCUCACGGAAAACCUGCAACGGCCUUACUUAACGUCAUUUGCUCAAUUCUCUGGAAACGGAUCCUCUCCAGAACCUCUGUCAUCGAGCAUGUAUCGCCACCCAGAUGAUAAACGGUCCAUAGAAGACGAUGCCGCCUGGGCUUACGAUCUUUAUUCGCUGGGCCUUAUAUUGAUGGAAAUUGGCUUGUGGGCCCCUAUCAGCCGUCUGUGGAAAAUGAAAUACAACAAUUCCAUGUUCAAGCAAAGGAUCGAAAACGUAUACUUGCAGAAAUUGGGCCCCAAGUGUGGCAGUGCCUAUCUACAUGUGGUCCAGCUAUGCCUCGAUGCGCCAAACUUCCACCUCUCAACGCAGCCCUUUGACGAUCUGAACCUCCGAGUGCCACAGACCUUCCACUACCCGGUAUUGGAUCUUUCGGAACCCGACAGCAUUUUCUCAUUUUCAAUGAACUUCCUCUACACCAUGUCCAAGAUUGUUUGGUCAUGCUGCAGAAUCGACAUCUUUUCGGCGCCAAGUGCGGACGAGUUGGAUGACUGUCUCCCGCUUGCUCUUGUUCCCAGACCCGAAGUGCCGGCCUCGAAAGAGGCCGUGAGAGAAUAUGAGCCCGCACAUACUCAAUCUGUCCCAGUCGCCGAGCCAUUUACUAUACUACCUCAUGCUGAUAUGAAGGCAUUACGGGAAAAGAUGGGUUUGGAUGAGAGAAAACCCCGCAAACGGACUUUCAAAAAACUCACAAACGUCGACAUCCCCCAAGAACAUUUGAACCAGUGGAAUUUCCAUAUGCUCCCUAAACUAAGGAAACUUCUUCAAAAAAUCCUCAAAGACUCCACCGAGUCGUGUGGUGUAACUUUGAUGAUGACCGGCGACACGAUUGAAAAUGCCAGGACCACUAUCUGCGUCACCUGUGCGAGCGCAAAAAAGGUCCGUGCAGCGCUGAAGAAGUACUUUGUACUAGACAGUGAGGAUUGGGAUCUUAUUGUCCUCCGGGGAGAUAUUCAGCGGUCUAAGGUGCCGCGGAAGAAGCGCCGCAGGCCGGCGAACUCUGGACCGAACAGGACCGACUCGCUUGCUUCUUCCCAUCAGGACCCAAACCCUCAUUAUCAGCAACGGCCCCUCUGCGGCGCAUCCAUGGGUGCGUUUAUGAACGAAGAGCAUCUACCUCCUGUGACGUAUGGUGGUGCCAUACUAGUCGACGGCAUGCCAUAUGGAAUGACCGUUCACCACAUGCUUGAAGCACCUAGCGACCAAGAGGAUGAGUACCAAGAUCCCGUUGCUCCACUGCGAUCUUCUGGAAAUUGGCCCCAAAAUCAAGACCCGCAGGAGGCAGCGUUCAUGUAUAGUUGGUGCGACCAAGAUCCGUCGGAGCUUGACCAUGAAUUUGAGAUUUCGGAAGAUGAAUAUGGGGAUGGCUGUUCAAUGGAUGGAAGCUAUGAUGACUUCUGCCUCUCUGAGGGCUAUUCUUCAGAUGAAGACCCGUUCGGGGGUGAUGAUGAUUAUGAAGACGAGGAUGCAGCGUCGAUAGGUGACACGGCGGGCAUUGAGCCUGGGGAUGAGCCUCCCUGUUUCGUAACCCAGCCUGCUAUAGACGACGUUCGUGAUGAUUUCUUUCCAUGUCCUGAGGAUCGCGAUGAUGAACACCUGGCUUCUCAUUCCUUCGGAUUCGUUCACGCGUCCUCUGGCGUCAGACGUUGGACACGCAAAGGGAUAAAGCACGAGAUCGACUGGGCGUUGAUCAAAAUCAACGACGACCGCAUCGACGCGCGAAAUAUUGUGUACGACAAGUCGGCAUCAUCAAGACCAGGAGGAUCGAGACAACGAUACCGUGACCGCAGCCCACUGCCACAGGGUGAGGUCAUAUAUUUGAACGACAUCGCUCGCACGGAGGAUCUCGGUGGUUUACAGGUCCAUUGCUGCGGUAGAACCAGUGGCUUGCAAAGCGGACAGAUAUCAAGGGCGAUGACGAUCGUCAAAUUACACGGCCGGCAGACCUUCUCGACGAGCUUCUGUGUUGAUGGGAAUUUCGGGGUGCCCGGCGACUCCGGCGCAUGGGUCUUCGAGCGGUCGACCGGUCGUGUGUGUGGCCAUGUUCUGGCGUGGUCCGACAAAAGCCACACGGCGUACAUUGCCCCUAUGGAAGUUCUGUUGGAGGAUAUUGCCCGCAGUCUCAAUGCGUCCUUUGUUGCUCUCGCAGGGGGGCCGGAUGGAUCUCUGGCUUACGCGAUGCCUCAUUCCAACAACCUGGAACCUCAGAAUCCUCGCUACCGUGCACCUCCUCCGCUGCCCGAUCAAAUUCCUGUUGAUAUUGGCCGACUCCGUCUCGACGAUACCGGCAUGGGGCCCGUAAACACUAGUCGUGGCCUUCGGGAGGUUUCCACCCCGUAUCGCGGAAUGCCACCUAUCUUGACACAACCUCGCAGUUUGGAACGACAACUUGCAUAA